AUGUACUGUAUGCAGCUGCAUAGAUAAAGACAUGCUCUUCAUGCAUUUUACUUCAUCAGAUUCCUGGGAUAAAUAGAUCACAGUUUUCUCUUUUUUUAAGUCUUGACAAACCAGCAGGGAAUAAUGAAAUAUAUUCACGCUUCCUUCCCACGCAACAUGCAUCACAUUUUGAGAAAUGUUUAUAAAUGCUUCGCCAUCAAGGGAAAACAUUGAUUGAAUCUUUCAUAGAGCCUGAGCCACGCUGCUCUUUGACCCCUCCCUGUUUGCAACUAAUGGAAAUUCAAGGCCCCCCAGCUUACCCCCCACAGAAUGCCCUCUUGCCCUCAUGAGUAUGCAGUGACUCGCCCUCUGCUUGCUGGGGAUUGGGCUCCACCAACAAAAAGGACCCCUACCAGGAUUUUAUAUGCCACAGAUUUUGUAGACAGCUCUUUAUUCAAGUCUCUUGUUGGCUGAGAACAAGCAGCACAAUUCUGCAUUGUCUGUAGCUUAGGACUGACUCAGUGUGGGAAAAGGAAGAUAAAUUCACAGUGCCACAGAAAUUGAAUGGAACUUUGCUGUGUGGAUGAUACAAUGUAAAAGCUUGUUGUGACUUAGUGACUUGACGAGGAUCCAACAGAGGUGAGUGAGGAGUGAGGUAUGUCCACUCUGCCCCAGCCCCUUUCCCACUGCCUGCUGAACCAGGUACACCCCGCUCUCAACCUGCCCCAGACAGGGCUCAUCACAGACAUCAAGCCCAUGAUCAGUAAUAAACCUCCUACACAGGAGGUCAAACCAAACAUCCUAGCAACUGGCUUGCCCUAUCCUCCACUCAACGUGCCUAGCCUACCCGUCAUGCCCAAUGUGUCUCUGCCUAGUGUCUCUAUGCCGAGUGUGUCUAUGCCCAAUGUCUCCAUGCCCAACGCAUCCAUGCCCAGUGUUUCGAUGCCCAAUGUGUCCAUGCCAAGUAUUCCUCAUCACAACUUACAGGGUAACUUAGGCCAAUUACUCAACAACAGCAAUUCCCAAAAAAUGUCCCAAAUGAAAAAGUGCCCCAACGAGUUUUUACAUCAGAAUCCACAAAGUGAGCGACAGCUUUUCUACAACGACGUAGCCAUGCAACUGUAUAACAGUGACUUCAACAAGUUUGCUUCCAAGAAGGAAUUUCAUGGCUACCUGUUAGAGCAACAGAAGUGGAGGUGGGAUACCCACAGCUACAUAGGUAACCUGGAGACUAGAGUACAUAACUUGCUCAUUAAUCCAAACAGUGGGGUUGCACAGAAUGUUGCUCGCUACCGCAGUGUCCCCAUCAAAUGUAAAAGUGAGGAUGUGAAGCGAUGUGAAGCCACGUCCAAAGAGCUUGAGAACAUGGCAACCCGCAUUGCCAGUGUACGGCAGCAGCUGCUACACAAAAAGGGCACCUUGCUGACAUCCAGCGAUAACAGCGUUAUAGUGUGGCAGAAUGAGCUAGCCUACAUAGAACAGCUGUUUGACAGGACUGAUCAGAUGUACAAUGAGGUGUUAUCUACCCUGGCAAGUGUCAACCAGACCUUCUCCCACCUUCAGACAAGCUUCACAGCAGAAGCUGCAGAGUUGGCAGAUCGUAGGCGCUUGUGGAGGAGGAGAAAGGAGAACAACCGCAAGAGACGCAAGCGCAUGGAGAAACAACUUGAAAAGAUUGAGCAGCGAUCUUGUGAGCUUCUCUUUCAUAUCACAUCCCGGGGAGCAUAUGACCGGGUGCGUUCCCACCCAGAGAUGCCUCGUAUUGGACCCAGCGAGGUGAACACAGACAUGUUAAAUGGGAUUAAAUCUAAAUCCGAAGUGAGGCCUCUUAUGCACCUACUCAGUAAGGGUUACAUGACCCCUGGUGCAAUGGAGAUGGUCUCUCAAAAGAUCCAAAAACUAGAGUGUGGUAUUAAGACUGAAGCGCACCAACAGGCAACCCAGGUUGGUAUCAACUCCCUGUCGAUCAACAAAAUUACAGCACCUGCUUCAGAGCUAAACUCCAUACUGCCUCCUGUCACUGGAAUUGCCUCAUCAAAUAUGGUGUCAUCUGUAAACUCAGCUGUGACACAACAAUCAGUGCCCACAGUAAAUCUUAACACUCAAUUAGCGAAGUAAAGACAUUUUAACCAAGUCACAGCGACUUUGCCACAUUGCCGAGUGUUUGACAUUGAGUAGGCUGUACUCUACUCCACACUGUUUUAACCAACAUUGUAUUAUGUAUGAGCAUACUCUUACAUGGCAAAAUGUACAUUUAUUAUAUUAUGCAGGAAUGUUGCAUCAGUUUAGAUCUAACCAAUACAUUUUUAGAUUACUUGUUCUUUUUUUUUACCAGAUGUACAUGUAAAUUUUAGCUGGUGAAAUUUCACUUCGCUUGAACUCUUUAAAAAAUCACAAUCUUCUUUAUUCUACUAGUAAUAUACAUGUAGAAUGACCACACUUGGGAAAGACUUCAUUUACAAAAUUCCUUAAAGCUGUAAUCAAACUCAUUGCGUUGAAUUAUAUAUUGAUUACUUGCCUUGCCACAUUUAUUACAUGAUUCGAAUUGUAAGAAUAUGUCCUGUUACUUUGUUCUUUAUUGAUCAUGUCUAGGACUGUCCAAAUGCAAUGGCUUUAGUUUAUCCUGGAUUGGUGCUUCUUAGACUUUCCUCUUGGCUGAUUUGUCACUGAUUCAUUGUGUUUGUAAGUUUGUAAUAGAGCUGUAGGGUAAAUCUCUUUUUUUUUGGGGGGGGGGGGGGGCAGGGGAUUAUUAUGGGCGGUGGGGAAUGGGUUGUUUGGGGGGUGUUUAUGUUGACUUUUCCCCCCAUAAUAUUCCUUCAUGGACCAAAUGUAUAGAACAAUUACUACCCGUUAUUACAUGUACAUUUGUCAGUCUCUUAAUGUUAUUUUAUAAUGCUUUAUUUUUAGGCAGCUAGAGUAGAAUAGUUUCUGCAUUCUGGACAUUUGUUUUACUUUGAAAUAUAUUAUGUUCAUUCUUUUUAUCAUAGCCACUUACCCGCUACCUCGGAAGUAGCCAGUCUGAGACCUGGAUUUUUAAACAUGGUUUAAAGAAAUGGGUGAGAUAUUUUAAGUGUACCAAUCAUCCGAAAAAAAAUGAUCUGUGUAGUGUAAAGCUAGAAUGUAUACCGGUAAAUAAAAUCAACCAAAAAUAUUUACCAGGCAUUAUAUAGGUAAACGAUUAAGGAGUAUGACAAAAAUAAAGGGUAACAUUAAAUCCCUCAUGCAGGGCUUGCACGGAACCUAAAUCCGACUUAGUUCCGUGCAAGCCCUAUUCAUGCAAGUACGUACGUGUGCGUUUACUACUGGUAGUCUACUCAAGAAAACGAAAUACUGUUGUAUUUAACUUGCAAUAUCUCUUUAAUAAUAGAAGUAAUAUUUGAAGCUCAUAUUUUUUUAAUACAUUAUAGCCACACAUUGAACCCCUUACAUCAAGAGCAAAAUAUGUUUUAGUGAUUGGUACACUGUAAACAUUUUUGUUGUUGCCGAGUUCUUAAUAAGUGCUACUUGAUCUUUGCCAUUUCCUAUAUGGUGAAAUCAUUCAAACUAUGUGAUUACCAGUAAC